CUUUCUCCAGUUCUGUGGGUGAGUGUGAAAUGUGAGGAUUGCUACAAGUCCUAUCACUUGGGCAGAUCAAGCUCAUGGGUGCCCAUAGCAUAUCCAGCAUUGGAACAGGCCAUUUCCUUUCACUGUGAUGUGGGGAAAACUGACUAUUGUAUUGUCUUCCCAGAGACCACUGGCCAUGGUAAUAAAAGGGACUAACCAGUAGAGAGAGACCAAGUUCAUUGUAUAUACUAUAUGGUGAUUUAGCACCAGUUAAGAGUUUUUACAGAAUGUAAAAGAGCAUAGAGAUUCCUCUAAGAAUGAAGAAAUUCCUGAUAUAUCGAGAGCAUUGCAAGGGCACAUUUUACUUAUCUGUGUCCCUUGUCUGGAAGAGGAGCUUAAGAUCAGAGGCCAGUUCAUAGGAAUAAGUUGGAUCUAAUGAAGCCUGGUCUGAGGGCACUGGUGAAGGCUUCAAUCGGAAUGACAGAUCCAGGGUCUGAGCCCCUGCAAUUUAAGAGAAGAGUGAGUGGUUAUCAGCACAGGGUAGGACCCAGUCCAGAUAGGAUUUAGCUGGUCUUGAGGUGAUCCAACUGGAAGACAGGUUCACAUAUUGGAUUGAGAACUUGUGUUAAUUUUCCUAAAUACACAAUAUGUUUUACAUCCCUCUCAGUCUCACCAUAAGGGCAUGUCAAAGGUUCCAUUGUGCCAGGGUAAGCUCUUCCGUAUAGUAAUUCAAAAGGGCUAAGUCUCACUUUCCCUUUUGAUGCCAGCUGAACUCAUGUUAGUUUGAUGGAGAGGCACUUUAGCCAGCUUUCAUGAGUUUCCUGGCAUGGUUUAGCUGAAGUGACCUUUAUGGUUCUAUUAGUAUCUUUGUCCUUUUCAGAUGACUGGGGCCUCCAGUCUGCAUGUAACCUCCAUUUGAUUUCCAAGGCAGAGAAUACCCCCCGGCUAACUUUGGAAAUGAAGGCAGCUCCAUUGUCACUCUGGAUCAAUCAAGGUAGCAAACCAUGUGAUUUCUUCUGACUCUGUUUCCUCUUCUGCCAGUAGUUUCCUGAGAUCGAACUCUACUUUUUGCAACAAGCAAAAUGUACACAUGUUAAACAAGGGCACACAAGCAGAUAACUUGGAGAUUGUGAAUGGUGCUGAAAAACACACUCGAGCCAACUCCAAGUUCCAGCGAGGCUAAAUUGGAAGAGGACAGUAAUGUGACUUCUUGGUCAGAAGAAAAACGUGAAGAGAAAAUGCUCUUUACUGGUUAUCCUGAGGACAGAAAGUUAAAAAAGAACAAGAAGAAUUCCCAUGAAGGAGUUUCCUGGUUUGUUCCUGUGGAAAAUGUGGAGUCUAGAUAAAAAGAAGGAAAACAUGCCCAAGACUUAUGACCCUGGCAUUUCCCAGUUGGAACCAAUAACCAAGACCAAGCCAUGGAGGGAGUCACUGCGGGAGCGGAACUGGCAGGGGCAGCACCUGGACAGUUGGGGCUCCCUGGCAGGCCCAGGCAGAGAGGAUGGCAGAGACCCACUGAAGCCGUUUGUGAGAGCAAACCUGCAGGUGCAGUGACGUUGACUUAACUUUGACCCUACGUGUAGGGAGAAGAAGGGCAAGGUGCAGAGAAGCUGGCUCUGUGACUUGGCUAGCAGAGGUAUAGGCCUGAGACGCUCUUUUCCAGCACCUCUGCAGUUCACCUGUUUUCACACAUAAGGACUGGGUUUCUCAUCGUCUGUCAAAGGCUGCCUUACUCUUAACCAUAGAUGGUGCAUCACCAUCAGGAUCUGGGGACAAGGCCACAGGAGGGAGGAUUUGUGGCUCUGCUCAUCGGGCUUGUGGGUCCCUGUGUGUGGAGGGCCCGGAGGCCUGAUGCUUGUGCAGCCUCAUGCAUGUUCCUCCGUGUCCGCAGCUCCUGUUUCUGCUCCAUGUCGGAUUUAAAGGAAACCAAGUCUCUUCUGAUAUGUCCCUUGGGGGAUAAAGGAAAUGUUAUUAAUGAUGUAUUUGUUCGAAUAGAUCUUUAAAAUAGCAGCGUGGGCAGAGCUGUAUUGCGUUGAUGUUUCAGAGAGUUGUAAUCGCCAUAGUCUUAAUUCCUGGCCUAUGCUGAAGGCAUGUCUUUGAUCCCUGCGGAUUCUAAGCUGGAGCUCUCCCCCAUAGAGAGGUGUCAGAGGUUUCUUCAACUCUAGGUAUUUUCUCAGCAUUUGAAUCAGGCUUCCCCAAACCUCUUGGGCAGGUGGUGUGUUUCCAGGCAUAUGGAGAGUAGAUUGCAUCAUUAAUCUGAGGCUGGACAUUUUCUCUCUCUCUCUCUCUUUUUUUGAGAAAUCGCUUCAGUUUCACAGACCUGACUUCAUCUCCCGCACUAGGGAGCAGAUAAAGCACCUGAAGUUAAUAGUCCAGGAGAGAAUGCUGCAGAGCAUGUUACAGAGCGAGCGGGAUGCACUAUUCGGCAUUGACAGGGAACGGCAGGGCCACCAGAAUCGCAUGCGCCCACUGCCCAAGAGAGUCUUCCUGGCUAUCCAGAAGAACAAGCCUAUCAGCAAGAAGGAAAUGGUUCAAAGGUCCAAAUGGAUUUAUGAGCAGCUUCCGGAAGUGCAGAAAAAGAAGAAGAGAAGAGAAAAUCAGAAUAUAAGUCAUACCGGCUGCGAGCCCAGCUAUAUAAAAAGAGAGUGACCAAUCACCUUCUGGGGAGAAAAGUUCCCUGGGACUCACAUAAGUUUAUUUUCUUCAGAGCCUUGGAAUUCUGUUUUAUUAACCUAGAGAAGCACAAUCCUUACUUUUGUGAGUCUGGUUGAAUAAAGCUUAUUCUUUGUCCAUGU